ACAUGUUUACUGAUUUCUAUCAUGGUAAGAGCCGUGUCUGAUGCUGUCCCACAGUGCCAGCUAGAGCACUGAUGUCGGAGGGGGGGAAAAAACUGUCAUCACUUAGAGGACAGGGAAGUACAUUUAAAACUAUUUUUUUCCUAGUUGAGCCUCUACAUUCAGAGGAACCAAGACACUCGGCAAUGUAAUGCUUUGUUUCCAGCGCUGUUUUUCUACCGUGUGCGUGCAGUCACCAAAACUUACCUCCGUGCGUACUGGAGACCAAAACCUGCAACUUCACUAAAAUGAUGUUUCCCCUUCAUUUUCUGUUUCCGGUUGUCGCGGUGGCAGUUUUAACAGCUUUUGAAGGUGCUGAGAUUCCAAGAGUGGCUAAAGACACUGGGACAUUCACCACUCCAUCUCCAGUUUAUCCCACCAUCAAGUUUCAGGUCCUCAAUGUGGACCACGUGUUUGUGAGACAGGACAGUCCACAGCCAUCUGGGAACUCUAGCCUGAAAGCUCAGACUCAGACUUUUCUCAUCACUGGACCUGGUGCUGGGCUUCUCCAGCCAUCUGUCAAUGCUUCAUUUGGCCCCCUGACUCUAGAUGCCUCUAUUCCUUUAGAUUUGCUCCUCAGUGGGCGCAAGAUACUGCCAGUCAUUUUGAGCCGCCAGGUUCGUUCCUCAUCCCCAGUAGUUAAGAUUCUUUUCCACAUGCCCACAGAAAGCAAUAUCACUGCUUGGCAAGAAACAAUGGGCUCUCUAGAAGAUAAUGGGAGGAAAAAUGAUGGAGCUAAGGCUAAGGAUGGAGCUCACUGUGUCACAGCUUAUGCCUUCUGGGAGACCAGAGAAGUUCGUGGGGCUUGUCUGGUGUCUCCUGGCGGCUUUUGUGUGGCACAGCUUAAGCCAGAACCCUCCUGGUUCAGCUCAGCCAGUAGAUCAGGAAGCUCUAGCAGGGAAGCAGAAAGCACUGACGGCAUUAAGGGACUUCAGGGGAACCUUGUGGAAGUCUACUUCCAGAGUCGGCGGGACCAGACUGGCCAGUGCACCCCACAGGAUAGCCUGCAACGAGUAGGAGUGGGACGAGGCAGAGACACUGGUGGAUCAGGGACACCAAUGAGGAGGGUAGGAAGUGUCAGCCUGCUCAAAAGUCCACCAGGGAAUCCCACCUUUCUUCGGCUGAGGCUGGGAGGCGCUGUGGUGAUCCAGACUUCUUCAAAGCCCCUCAAGUCUGGUGAUGUCGCAACGUUCUAUGUCUUUCUUGCUAGUACGUCCACCUUGGAAAGUUUCACACUGAGGGCUGCAGUAAAGAUGGGCCUGUCAUUCAGUGCAGCUCGGCCCAGUGACUCAGCACUGUGGGACAUGGUGGUAGAGCCUGGCAGAGGAGCAGCUCCAAACACGGUGUCUGUUGUUUGCCGCAGGAAGGUUGCUGUCACUGCAAAGAGGGGCCUUUUGGAGGUUUUACAACUGGACUUUGUACCAAAAGCUGUUUCACAGCAGGUUGAAAGUCAGACCAUCUCCUGGCGUCUGGAGUUGCCAGGGAAUGUGAAGGAUGUGGGCGUAACGCGGAUCUACACCACCCAGAGAGAUUACGUGGGGCUGGCACCGCUGGUGAUGAACGCAGAUAUGUUGAAUACUGCAGUACUGACAGGAAAAAGAGUUUCAGUCCCAGUGAAAACUCUCGCUGUUGAGGCCAGUGGUUCAGUCACUGACGUGACCGACUACACCAACUGUAGAUCUACAGAUGAGGAUGUGCUCAAGGUGUCAGAGCGCUGCAGCUAUGUAUAUCUAAAUGGGAAGGAAACCAGAGGGAAAAGUAGGAUAAUGCUCAACUUUACAUAUGGUUUUCUGAGUGCCCAGCUGGAGAUGAGUGUAUGGAUGCCCCGUCUGCCCUUGCGUAUUGAUGUGGCUGACCCUGAGCUUAGCCAGAUCAAAGGCUGGAGGGUUCCCGUUACUACUGGAAACAGGAGGUCUACAUGGGACAGUGAAGAAGAGGAGGAGAUGAGGAAAGGCAGGGGUUGCAUGCUACAGUAUCAGCACUCUACAGUAAGGGUGCUCACACCCUUUGUAGCCCAGCCUGACACUGAGGCACUGCCAGACCCGUUAACUGGGGAAAAAACAGUUGAAUACUUUCUGGGUUCUGAUUGGCAGAUAGAUGUGACCAACCUUGUACGCUAUUCUCUAAACAUAGCAGAUCCGGAUAUAGCUAGGGUGCAGGAUGGGGUGCUGCUGCAAGGAAGGGCUGUGGGCACUACCACUGUACAGGUGCUGUCCCCUCUGACGUCAGCGGUCCUGGCUGAGACGAGCAUCAGGGUGGUGGAUGAUAAAGUGAGUGUGACACAGCUCGGAGUGCAGUUGGUGUCUGGGCUCUCUCUGUCCCUGCAGCUCAGUCCAGGGAGCAACAGGGCUAUUGUUGCCACGGCAACCACUAAGGAGACGAUCGUGCAGCGCAAACAGGAAGCAUUGGUCAGCUGCUGGGUUUCUUUCAGCGAUGGGGCAGUUGCUCCACUGGACCUGUUUGACCGCAGUAUCUACUCUCUGACUGUUUCUACCCCAGAUGAGCGGGUGGCCACAAUACGCCGCACUCCACAGUCAGCAUUUGUAGUAGCAGAGGGUGAAGGUGAAGGCCAGGGGGCGCCAGUGAGAGUGGAGCUGAGGAUCUGUGAGGAAUGCCAAAAAUCUAAAAGGAAGAGCAAGCUGGCAGUGGGCUCGGGGCUUCUCAAGAUCAACUUACAGAGUAGUAGCAGAAGUGUAGCAAGAGAAGGGAAAGGAAGCACUGACAGAAGUAAGGAUUUAAAUGGCAGUGCAUCAAAAGUGAUGGGCAAAACAAGUACUGCUGCCACAGAGAUGGAUAAACAGCUCAACAGGGCCAACAUAUCUGAUCAGCAAGAGUCUAUUCUGGUAAAAACUACCACUCCAACGACAUUUUCAACUAGAAAUCCACAGGCCCAUGUUGUCUGGAUCGGAAAGGCAACCAAAGCGCCAAAAGGUUCCACCUAUACUGUUUCUACUGCAGCUUCUCCUACAAGAAUAAAGGAAUUAAACUUAAAUACACAACUUAGCACUGCCAAACCCACAGCAACAGUGGGUGUUGUCCGUAAAGAGGAAGGGCCUGGGGUAAGCUAUGGAAACAUGCUUGACAACCCCGAUGCCUCUCCUGAGAAUGAUACUCCUAAGGUAGAAGUUAGACCCGAAAAGGAGCCUCCUAAAUCUAAAACUCCCAAAGUAAUUGAGAGUGACCUCAUUAGGACAUUCAAAGCUAUGACUGACAUGGAAAUUGGCAUGUAUGCCUUGGUGGGGGUCUCCUGUGUUGCCAUCUUGGCUUUUCUGCUCAAUUGUGCUUCUUAUAGUCUCUGUUUCAGGAAACAAAAGACCCCCAUACAGGCAGGCACAGCCCCCAGUGGAGACACAAAGGAUCACAAACACGACUGGGUUUGGCUUGGGAACAGUAAUCACAGUGCUCCUGCCUCAGGUGCCCCGGCUCAAGUGUCCACACUAAAACGUGAGCCUCAUUGCCCUCUGCAGUCCCGCCACUCGAUAGAUUCCAUGGGUCAUCGCAGCCUGGAAGGCAAUCUGCCUACAGUGAGCGCCGCGGCUGUCCCAGAAAGAACUGCAACCUUAGGACGAAGCAGGAACAGCUCUCAGCACCAGCAGUUUCAAGGAAAGGCAAUUGACCCCAUGGCAAAUCGUUCAGCUACCCUACUGGCGAGGCCACACCGCAGUGAACCUCUUCAUUCCCCCACCAGUAAGAGAAACCAGGUCCAGUUCACCACCUUCACCACGCUGGACAUCAAGCACUUGGCUGCGCUAAAGAAGAACGGUGUUGAGUUAGACUGGGCCAACCAGCAGAAGCAAAAGCAACAGCAGGCCCCCGCUGAACCUCAAACACCUUUGCCUGACAUGCCAUGGCCUGUAGUGAAACCUCUAGGAGAACCCCAGUGAGUUUGUUUAGGUGUGUGUAUGUGUAAAGGAUGUAUAAAAGGAAAACAAAGUCUUUAAUUUUUCUUUAUAAAAAAAAGGGAAAAGGAUGUAUAUGUGAUUACGUGAAUGACAUUUUCUAUAUAAUGUGCAAACCUGUGCACAUGAAAAUGAAGUGAUGUUUAUUAGUAAGAUUAAAAGAAAUUUGCAUGUUUUAUCCUCUGAUAAAAGAAAUCUAUAGGCUCCGAUUUAUUUCUGUAAAUAUUAACAAACACUCUCUAUGCUAUGUUACUUUUUUCCACAUUUCAAAACUCAAGACAACUGUAUUUUCAUCUCCUCUUACAUUUCAACAGUUCUGUUGCUCCUGCAGAAACGGCUCCAGAUAUUGCUCAGUUCAGGGUAAAAACCAGUACAGGAGGGACUGUUUCUUGUUAGUAAUUCUAUUCUUUUCCAGCCUUUUGUACUUUUUGUAGGACUCCUCUAGAGAAUACCUGAGGACUCUGUGCAAUUUGUCAGAGAAUAUGCAACAUUUAUCAAGUUAUUUUGAGCAAUCUGUCACUACAGUCUCCGCCAGAUAUUUAUUCAAAUCAAAUGCAGGCUAUGCAAAUAGUCUUUGCAGAGUUUGAGAUGGACAUUGUUCCUGAUUUUUUUUUUUAACAGAGAUACCUUGGACUUCGGGCUUCUCCUGGGAGCCUGCUUCUACAAAUUGUAAAAAACGUGUAAUCUUGGUCUGUUCUCACAGUGCACAUAUUCAUUCGACUGUAAGAUUUUUCAUGUGUGAAUGAAAAUAAAAUGCCUUUUUUUCUCUGUGACAUCCUGCUUUUUUAAAUCCAAAAUGUGAUGUGUAUUUCCUGCAAGAUUCUAUCAAUAAAGAGAAAAUAGAUUGGUUCUUUUUAUAAUUGAAAAUGGAUUUAAUUCAGCUACUGUUUUGUUUUUUUUUAAAUAGUAAAGCGAUUCAUAGGAAAGUACAGUGAAUGGUUUGGAUUACAGGCUAAAGCUUUAGUAGGAAUCCAUGGGAUUUGAUUUUGUUUAAUCACAGCUGAAUGUCAUUUAAGGUUGAUUUUAUCAUGGAAAUGUCACUCUGACAGCAAUGUAUUUGUUGUGCCUGCCAGGAUUUUGUCCUGCUGUAUAAAAUGACUUGUACACUGAGAGGAUGAAAAAACUCAGCAGAAAAAAACUGAUUCUCAUUCUGUGUAGCCUGACUGUGUCCCCAAAGAAUUCCAGGUAUUUUAUCAAUGGUUCAGGCUUGCAUAUUAUAUCUCAUGGCUCAUUUGUCUCUUUUUCUCCAGCCCCCCUUCCUGUGUCUCUGAAGUGACCACAGCUACACCUUUUUAAAAUUGCAUUCUGUAACUGUGAUGCAUAAACAACCUCACCAGCUUAAAGAAGCCCAGAUAAUCUGAUGCCACGCACCUCAGGAAUUGGCAGCUUUGGAUAUGUCAGCGCACAUUGUCACUCUCUGCUGCACAACAGCAUCGGGUGGAUUUAGAGUGUUGAUAAAAGCAAUUUUAAUAACUUUCUCCCAAAUUCUCUACCUACAGGCCCAGCGUUUUUGUAUGUGCACAACCCGUCUCUCCUUUCCAGUCGAUUUAUCUGUCCAGCAACAGUAGAAAAAGUAAACAAACAGAGAUAAGCGGUGAUUUAAAGCUGUCUCUGUGCUGGAUCAUAGCUGAGCAUCUUUGAUUGUGGACCUUCUGUAUCAAACAGGGCAGAAUUCCGAACUCAAAAGUUCAGACACAGAACUGAUUAAGAUAUAAAAGCUGCACAGUUUGUGUGACAACAAUAACAAAAUAUGUCUCACCGUGCUUUUCCACUGAAAUGCUGUGGCUUUUUGGAAACCUUUUUGCUGUCAGAUUCAUCCAAUCUCGGUCUCCUACAUAUAAACUAAAUGCCAUUUAGAUGAUGUCAGCGUGAAAUGUUUGGCUUUAUCACAGUUUUGAGAGAGGAUUUCAGUUACUCAUACUCUUCAUACAAGAUUUUGCUGAAAAAGGAGCGGUUGGAAAACAGCAUUAUAAAGUAUAAUCCCAGCCACUUUAUACUGGCAGUACGGUAAUCCAUUGAGAUCCAGACGCACAGCAGCCAUUACUACUGCAUAUAAUGAAGUUUGUAAAUCAUAAAUUGUGUGUGAAUUUUCAAACGAGACAGGAGUUCCUUAGUAUCAUUACAGCUCGAUCUGUAAUCUGGAGCAUCAGAUCCCUGUUGACAGAUUUAAGGGAUUGGGGUCAUUGUGUUGGAGGAUUAAUGUGCAUUAGUGGACCUCUAUGGCACAGUCCUGAUGAUGUUGGCCAUAAGAGACAAGGUCACUUAUUUCACGAGUCUGCUUUUCCAGAGGUGGAACACCUGGUUACAGAUGGAGGAUGGUGCAAAUGGAAAAAAAACAAACAACAACUAUUUAUUACCACAGUGUAACGCAUAAAGAGUUUUUCCUUAAUGCGCAUAUAUAAAGUACUGUGAAAAAGUCUUCAUGUGACCCCUCAUUUAUUUAUAUGUUGUUGGGUAAA